AUGAACCCUUAAUAAUUAAUUGAAAAUUUAAACGAUAUCUUACUGAGUGAUUUCUUCAGAUAUAUAGAAGUUUUGGGAAAAGGAAGUUUUGGAAUAGUGGUUGCAGCUCAUAGUUAAGAACUAGAUAAAGUUGUUGCUAUUAAAGUAUUUACUUGUAAAAACUAGAUAACACCAUAUUUCGAACAGGAAAAUGAAUCAUCUCUCUUGUAAGAAUGCACUCAUCCAAACAUUGUUAAAUUGUACAAGGUGAGAAUUAUUACUGAAACCCUAUUAGGUAUUAUUUGCUCAUAAUUUCAUCUAUCUAAUAAUGGAAAAACUGAAUGGAACCACUCUAGAUGUAAUUUUGAAAGAAUAGAAACUUGAUGAACUUAAAAUAAGGAACAUUAUGCUCUAAGUAUUGAAUGCCUUAGCUUUUUUACAUCGCAAAGGAAUCAUACAUAGAGAUCUAAAGCCUGGUAAUUUUCAAUGCUUAAAUAAGAAAACAUAUUUAUAUCAAAUGGCAAUCAUGUAAAAUUGAUUGACCUCGGCCUAGGAUAUCAAAUUUUGUGUAGAGGUAUCAUUGGCUAACAAGUUGGAACACCAUAUUAUAUUGCUCCUGAACUAAUUAAUGGCUACGAAUAAACGCAAGUAGUUUAUUAAAAUUAAAGAAGGCUCUUGACAUCUUUUCUCUUGGAAUAAUAUUCUAUAAAAUGUUAUGCAACAAUUUGCAUCCCAUUUGGACUGAAGGAUAAACUAAAAAGGAAUAUUACAAAGUUCUCUCUGGUAAUUUUCAUAUCAACUAUCCAUCACAUCUCUCAGAGUAUUAUGAUUUAAUAAUAUUUAUAGGAUGGCAAAGGAUUUCAUCAAAAACACUAUAACUCACAGUCCAAUAGAUAGAAUGACAGCUGAAUAAUGCUUGGAACAUCCUUGGUUGCUAGGUGAAGAAAGAAAAUCUCAUCCAAUUACAAAUAAAGAAAUUAUUUAAAGAUAUAGGUUUAUUUAAAAGUUUUAGCUAGUACAUAAAUUUAAUUAUUUUCUUAGAUAGUAAAGGCAUUGCAGAUGACUAAGAUAUUCAAAUAACAAUGUUUAGAAGGAUGUUCCUAUAUAAAAUCUCAAAACUCUGAUGAAAUCUAUGAGAUUAUGCUUAAUGAAGAUGCUCCAAAAUCAUAAAGAGUCUACACAGAAACACACAUUAUAGUCCGUCCUCAAAAGUCUUAUUACAAACCUAAGAGUUUGAAGACGAUUCAACUGAAAAAAGAUACCUCUUCAUAAGAUCUUGUGUCUAUCAAAAAUAAAAUGCAGAAUUCUAAUCGAUGUUAUAGUAAAUAUUAUUCGAAAUUAUUUUAGAUUUAACAUCUAGAUAUAAGUCCUCUUUGGAUAUACAGUUGCCAAAAGUUAAUAGUUAAAAGAGAAUUCAUUUAUAAUUACCUUCUAUCUCUCCUUAACAAACAAGAUAGUCUAGCUUUAUUUUUCGAUGGUAAUGA